AGAUACGGCGUGCGGGAGCAACCAAAGCACAGUAGAAUUGAGAAGCUUGCGCCUCCAUGGCGGAAUAACAAAGCGCGCCAUGCUACAAUACUCCUCUUCUUAUGGCGUUUUUUUCUCUGAGACCCAACAACGGCUUCAUUUCUCACAUCCUUGACCUAAUCAAGCUUCAGAGGCUCACUCACGCUUUUACUAACGGAGAGCCUAUUCGGGCUCCUAUUUACUCAGCAAUGGAUUUUCAUUCAAUGGGUCGUCAAGAUGCAUCCAACAUUGACAUGCCCAAAUGGAAUAAAGUUGAUGGACGGGCUUUUGGGAUCAGUCGUUCAAUGAUCCCAUCUUCAUCAUGGAUGGUCUUGAAAAUUCUUCACAAUAAAGGGUUUGAGGCCUAUUUGGUUGGUGGAUGUGUGAGAGACUUGCUCCUAAAUAGAGCACCGAAAGACUUUGAUGUGAUUACCACUGCUGGACUAAGACAGAUCCACAAACUUUUUCAUCAUGCUCAAAUUGUUGGACGCCGUUUUCCUAUUUGUAUGGUUAAUAUCAAAGGCUCUGUCAUUGAGGUUUCAAGUUUUGAAACAGUUGCAAAACAUUCUAAAGGAAAAGAAACAGUAACGUCUUCUCCAACACCAAGAAAGUGUGAUGAAAAGGACUUAAUCCGGUGGAGGAACUCUCUGCAUAGGGAUUUCACAAUUAACAGUUUAUUCUUUGACCCUUUUCUGAACGUAAUCUAUGACUAUGCCGAAGGGAUAGCAGACUUAAGGUCCUUGAAGCUGCGGACGCUAAUUCCUGCAUCAUUGUCAUUCAAAGAGGACUGUGCUAGAAUUCUGCGUGGCUUAAGAAUUGCAGCUCGUUUGGGUUUGUCACUCUCGAAGGAUACAGAGACUGCAAUGCGUAAACUUUCAUCUUCUAUCGCAAGCUUGGAUAAGUCCAGGUUGAUGAUGGAAUUUAACUACAUGCUAUCUUAUGGAGCUGCUGUUCCUUCUCUCUAUUUGCUCCAGAGGUUCAACCUGCUUGAAAUUCUGCUGCCAUUUCAUGCUGCAUAUCUCGAUAAACAGGACAUUAAGAAAUCUUCUCUCAAUUCCACAAUGUUGAUGAAACUGUUCUCCAAUUUGGAUAAAUUGGUUUCAUGUGAUCGGCCUUCAGACUGCAAUAUAUGGGUCGCAUUGUUGGCGUUUCACAUGGCGUUAGUUAACAACCCUCAGAACUCUCUUAUAGUUCUGGCUUUUGCUGCCACCUUGUACCAUGGAGAGUGGAAUGAAGGUGUGAAUUAUGCAAGAGAAAACUCUCUUCUGCAGAUCAAUUUAAGACCGGAGAUUACAAGAUCGGCUCAAUUUAAAUCAGCGGAAGAGCUUGCCGAAAGGGUUACUCACUUUGCUUUAAAAGUACAGGGUUGCAUUGCUGCUUUAACUUCAGCAGACUGUCUCUUAGAAGCCAUGUCAACGUUUCCAGCCUCUCCACACUCUAGUUUGGUGUUUGUGUCCAAGAAAGCUGCCAAAGAUGUUGCUAAAAUUAUUGAAGUGCUGGUGAAUGAUGUUGAAUCCUACAAAAAUACGAGAAAAAAUUUUGAAAUUGACUAUCAGCUGCUUAAGAAGGGUAUUUUGAAUGAGAGUAGAUUUGUCUUGGGAAAAGUUAUCUUGGAAACCCUGAAAGAGGCAAUUGUGCAGGAAGAUGGAAUCAUUCUUGACGUGAAACAAAAUCUUUGUGUUGAUGCAACUACUGAGGAAAAUUAUAGUUCACCCGUCUCUGAUUCGGUGAAGGACCAAUUGGUGGUUAAAAGAAAUAAGAAAGUUCGAAAACUGCUAUCUAGUUCUGAAGUUGAGUGGGAAGGGAAUAAGAAAAAUAAGCUUGAUGGGAAGGAGGGAAGUAUUUUUGACAGGGUAGUUGAGGAUGGAAGGUGUGUUAACAUUGCAGAACCCUACAAAAAGGGAGUAGAGGCAUCUCAAUUACCCCAUGCUGGAUUAAAUUCGAUGGAGGAUUCAUUGUUGGAGUCAAGCAAAUGUCAUCACUUUGAAGUGAGGGAGAGUGAGGUUAUGCAAGAAAAUCUUGAAACCAUGGACAAUCAGGUUAAGAAGAUGACCCCAUCCCAGGAAACACGUGAUAAGGUUACCAAGGAGCUACUUCAUGCUGUAGAGGCCAACCCAUGGAAGAUGGACAAAGUAAAUGGGAAAGAAGGAAAGCCAGAGAAGAAAGAGCAUGGUUUGCAGCCUCAGGGAAAGGAGAAUAUUGAAAAGAAACGUAGACAUGUAACAGAUAUCGAGCAGCACAAACGUCCGCUGUCUAGCCUUUUUAAGUAAAUUCCUAAAGGGUAUGAAUCAGAAGCUGUUCUUUGAAUUGCUCAAAACCGGCGCACCAUCGUGGAGGUGUAUGAUUCAAGUACCAUACUUGUUUCUACCCAAGAUUUGAUCAUUACAGUGCCAUACUUCAACACGACCGCCCCUGUUCGUUUCUGUUCAAUAGUAGAAGCAGUUCAGAUUAGAACUCCCGGUGAUCUAGAAAUCCAACCGGAGUUUUUCCUCAACUAAACGCCGCGCAUUCGUCCCGAACCAGGAAGAAAGAGGUAAUAGAAUUAAUCAAGAUAGACAUAAAAUGGUAUUUCUGAUUCAUUCCCUGUGUGUUUCUGUAUCGUUUAAGAGUUUCAAAUUAAUUUUAGUAAAGAACAUAGCUUCCCUGGUUCUGAAGACAAGUGGGUAACAAAUUCAUGUAAAAUACUGGAUUGAUUUGAGUCAAUUUUGGGUAGAUAGAUCCGUAGAAAGUUUUGGUCCAGUUGAUACAUCAAGCUGAAUAAUUUUGAUUAUCUCGAUUUACCCCUACAUUCUGUUUUAUUAUUAUUAUUCUUCAUUUA